GGAAAAACAAAACAACAAAGAAUAAACAUGGCUGCGUGAUAAUUUUUCACAUCGGUGACCGAACUAAAAUUUUAUCAAUCAAAAAUGACGAUGGAAAUCGUAGUGUUUCAAUUCAAUAUAGGAAUUUAACGAGUUUUAACACGACGGAAAAUAACCCAGAUGUUUCAAGUGUGAGAGUUGGAGGCCUGCCAUUCCGCCACCGCUUUGGUGAUUCUUGUUAAAUCUCAAAGCUCAAAGGCCAUUAAAAAAUCUUCGCAGAAAAGUUUUGUCUACUAUUUAUUGUCUGCGUGGUACUUGUGGGUGCUCAGCUUCAGUAAUGCCAGCAGAGCCGUCAUCUGCAAUUAUAACUGAUGAAACAAGUUCAAGCAGCACAAUGCUAAAUUCCAAUGAAGACUUUCACAUAGGACUGAAUAGAUCUCAGAAGUUCACUUUGGGAAUUGUUUUAUUGAUACUAGUGGACAUAAUUUGGGUUGCAUCGUCGGAGCUAACAAAAUAUCUGUAUGAGGAAGAAUCCUACCAAAAACCUCUAUUCACAACCUACGUCAAAACUUCCAUGUUUUGUGUAUACCUUUUGGGUUUCUUGGUUUACUCUCCUUGGCGGGACAUGUGCAUAUGGAGCACUGCAAGUUCAUACGUGCUGAUGGAUCCAAAUGUUGAGGAUUCAAAUUAUUUUGCUGACCAGCCCACUGCAUUGAGCGAGCCAUCUUAUGUUCCUCUGAGGAGGCCUGACAGUAGCAGAAGUACUUCGAAGAGUUCGGGAACCGAGAGUGACGAUUCGUCUGUUAGAUCAGUGCGCUUCAGCAAAUUGGCAGAAGUUCGACAGAUGUCUGAAGAAGAGGCAACGGCAGCACUAAUGGCCAGACUUUCCUAUUCAGCAAGUGUCCGUGCUGACCAAAUUGCUAGGAGGGCAGCAAGUAAAUUGCCUGUGGGCAAAGUUGCUUGGUUGGCAUUUUCUUUCUGCAUUUUGUGGUGCAUGGCCAACUACAGCUACCAAGCGGCUCUUGAGUUUGGAGAAGCAGGCUUAGUUUCUUUACUGUCAUGUGCUGCUCCUCUUUUUACUCUGUUACUAUCAGCAGCCAUGCCGUCGGAACCAAUGGACAGGAUUAGCUUGUCGAAAAUUGCCGCAGUGGGAAUGAGCAUAGGAGGCGCAAGCACUGUAUGCUGGUCAAGCAUGAAUCCCAGUUUUCCACUCGGCGCCUCUCUGGCACUUUUCAGUGCAUUUUUGUAUGCUGUGUACUUGGUCAGUCUAAGGAAGAGAGUCCCUUCGGAAGAGGCACUUGACGUUCCCAUGUUUUUUGGCUUUGUUGGCCUCUUUUGCUUCUUUGGUCUAUGGCCUGUUGUUGCUGCUUUCCAUGCUUUGGGCCUCGAGAAAUUCGAGUGGCCAACACGACCCCAGUGGGCUGUGAUGUUCUUGAAUGGACUUAUUGGAACUGUCCUCUCUGAAGUGCUGUGGCUUUGGGGAUGCCUUCUUACAUGCCCGUUAGUGGGGACAUUGGCUCUCACGCUGACAGUUCCGUUGUCCUUCUUGGCCGAUGCAUUGCUGUGGCAAGUUCAUUACCCAUUGAGGGUGUACAUUGGAGCGAUUCCAAUGGUAGCUGCAUUAGUUUGGGCUGGGAUAUUAUCCUCGCCAAGUCCGAACGGCGAACGAGCAACACCGAGAGACCCUCUUGCUAGAUGGAUUUUAAUUGGUUGGACUAAAUUAACCUCACCUAGGAACUCGUUCAACAGAUUGCAAGGGGAGCGGGAAAGAGAGCAAACCGAAUCUUUAAUAGGAGUCAACAGUUCCUCCACUAGUGAUCAUGAUGCCUAAAGUAGCUCGCGGGUCAGCCACCCACUUUAGUUUCUACAUUCCAUUGCUAAGAAAAUUUAGACUUAAAUUAUUUCAGCCAGCACACAUAAAUGUCUGAUCGAAGUGAUAAGUAAACAUCUCCUCUAGGUGUUCACAUGUCUUAAAUACUCGCACUGUCACCUUAGCAUAAAAAAAGAACGCUUUUUGUGAUAAAAAAAAUGUUAGCAGAAAUAUGGAGCACAUUCAGAACUACAUUGUCCACGUUAAUCUGUGCUAAUUAGCAGCUACUGUGCUGUUUUAGUGAUUUCGUGAAAUAUUUUCAUAUAUCUAGUCCUAAAUUUUAAGUAAAUCCCAAAUAGAUCACACACUUUUUCCAUGAAUGGAAAAUGGCAUUUUAGUUCAGCACAAUACAUUAAAAUGCCAACUUAAAAAACUUAAAAACUGUUCUUUUAAAUAUGAACUCUAAAUUUUAAUAUUAUACAGAACUGAAGUGUUUACUGAACAUUCUGAAUAACUCUAAAGAGCAGACAAUACACAAUCACCCUUUUCUGUUAUUUUAUAUUUUAUCCGAAUCGAUAUUUAUAAUGAAUUUAAAAUUUUAUUCAAAGAUAUAACAUGGGAUUUUUUUAAUUAGUGGUGCACAUAGCACUGCAGUCUGUUGAUGAUUGACUUAACUUAAUCCCAUGCUGUUUAUGAGUUGAAUUUUGUGAUAGGUCCAUAGGAGCAAAUUUAUUUAAAGGGCACUUCUUUCGACUAAGAAAAAAUGUAAACAAUUAUUGUGUACCAGACUACCAGUGCAAAUUUCUGGGUUUUAUUGAAAAUAAAAUUCCUGUUGCAAAUUCA